GAAUAGAUUCUGGUGAGAGGUGGGCCGUGGGUUUGAGCAGCUAGAGUGGGCCUUAGCCUGAUCCGAGUUAGCACAGGCAAGGUUUUCAGCGCGAUUCGGAAGAGCAACAGGCGGCCUUUCGGACCUCAGGAUGGCCUCGGCCCGUCGACAGCCCAAAUCGCGCGCAGAUGCGCAGGGCCAUUCUCUCUCGCCUUGGUUGCCCCCUCCUCACUCCUCAGCCUCCCCUCCGUCCCUUUUCUGUCUUCGUCUUCUGCCUCUUCUUACCCGCGUCGCCCACAAAUGGAUCCAAAUCCGAAGGAAGAGGAGGCUCCCACGAGUGGCAACAAAACACCGACCCUCUCCUGCACCAAGUGCUUCGACGCUUUAUGGUUCUGCUACUCUCCAUUUCAUCAGAUGCAACAAUAUUACAGGUAUGGAGAAUUUGACACUUGUUUUGGAAAGUGGAAUGCACUUUUUGACUGUUUAACUCUGAAAACCAAAAAGUCUUCAGAAGUUAAGGCGAUCCUGGAAGCUCGAGAGAAAGCCAAGCCACAUAUCUGGAUGUAUCGGACGGUUGAGGAAGCCUCAGAGAACUGGUGGAGGAUGUACCACCAUUAUGUAAAUGUUCCUCCUGAACCUGACUCAUAGUCUAUAAUUAAAAUUUGCUAUGCUUUGGCGUCACAAAACCGCGUGCCACUUUUGAGGAGGGACGCGAGCACAAACUAAAGAAAGCAAGAGGAAAGAGAAGGGUUGCGUGGCCGCAGGCCCACACCCCACAGCGGCUGGCCGAAGUCUGUAGGCUGGAGUCUGUAGUCUGUAGCCUGUAGUCUGUGAACUGUAGAUGAGCGGGGCUGGGGACCGCACGCAAUGCCCCUCGCUACUUCUGCAAUCAUGCCUGCCUUCUUACUACUGGGUAUGACCCACGCCUCUAGUUAAUUGUCACUCCUGGAACUGCUUCUGCACUGCUGCAGUUAGUUCGCUAUAUGAUCCCGUUCGUUUGAAGGGUACGAUAUUUGAUGACAACAUCAUGGGCCUCCCGGACCGAACUGACUGAGUGUUUGCGUCGACCUCUCGCGACAUGCUGGACUUGGUCAAAGGUUUUAGAUUGGCACCGGAAGAGCGGGAUGGCGACCCAUUUUCAUUGGAUGCAUGCAGAUACUCUUACGGCGUUCGGCUCCUUAACUUCUCUCAUACGUCUGGGUGCGACCCCCGUUGCUGCUCUACCACCGCCUUGUCCUACUAUAACCAGGAGCGGAGCGAAAACUAAGCUGGAAGGAUGUUCGCCAAAACUGCUGCCGACAAGCUUGCUUGGGGUGGCGGAGCAUGAAAACAGUAACUAGCCGAUGGUCAAGCAACUAACUUAUUUUAGAAUUGGAGCCUGAUUUGUACCCGCUAGGCUGCUACAGUAUCCGAGCCGAGCAAAAGAACUAUGUCGAGUCUUUACGGACUUACUUGGGAUCAUUCGUUGCUCUCUAAAUAGUUAAUAAAAAAGAACAGUUAAUGCUGGUAUAAACACAUUCUGAAUUACUGUACAAAAAUAAGGUAAUCAAAUAAUAGCUCGUGUCGGGCCUUAAUUUUUAA